ACAUAGUAAGUACAGCCGAUAAGAACACAGAUGCUGACCGAAACUUCCUCUUCGCUGCAGCAUAUAAAACCUCACCUUCGCCACCGUCCAACCAGUCUGCAUCGCAAUGUUGGGACAAACAGUGCUUCUGGUGGUGUUCGCGACCGCGCUCGCGACCGUCUUCGCGGUCGAGGCGUCGCUGUGGGUGGACGAGGUGGAGGAGGGCGAGUUCGGUCAGCUGUCCUCCUUCGUCGGCGCCCCUCCAUCCAACGACACCCGGUGCAACGGCGUGGAGCAUUCCUGCAGUGGCUGCAACGUCCAGGUCACCUGCAGAACGGUAAACAGUAUCCUGCACUUCGUGAGCAACAGCACCUGCAGCGGCAGCUCUCCCUACUGCAACCCAACGAACGGGACUUGCACCUCCGACACGCAGCUGGCACCCGCCGGAUGCAACACCCCCAAGCCGGUGAACACGGUCCAGUGCCCCAGAGCUAGCGGCUACUACCCCGACUUCACCUCGUGCACCAAGUACUACAUCUGCUCCGACUGGGAGGCCUACCCCAUGGACUGCAGCGCCUACCCCGGCACCGUGUACAACCAGCGCACCAAGACCUGCGUGCCGUCAGCCAGCGCGCAGUGCUUCGUUCCCACCUGCAAGCCCGACACCCUGGUGUCGUACACGCCGGACCCGCGGAUCUACGCGCUGUGCGUGGACAACACCGCGGCCACCGCCAUCAUCGGGACGUGCGACGAGGGCCAGGCCUACGACGUCAAGACCAGCCAGUGCGUGCCGGGCUGUCUGAGCGCGGGCCGCUUCCGGGUGGACGACACGAACUACACCGAGUGCGUGGACCUGGGCGGCAACAAGCUCAGCUCUCCCGUGCGCAAGACUUGUCCUGGAAAAUCCAAAUUCGACGCCACCACUCAGCUCUGCCAGGACUAGGUGGACUGCAGUGUACCUCCGUUCUUUUUGUACUGUGAAAUAUACAAAAAUUUACCCUGAA